GUUGGGAGAUUCGCUAUACCCCGUCUACGCCGGUGCAACGCUCGCCAAGGAACUUUGGAAUAGCUUGAACAAAAAGUAUCAAGCUGAAGAUGCCGGCACGAAGAAGUUCAUCGUCGGGAAGAUGCUGGACUCAAGAUGGUCGACAGCAAAUCUGUUGUCGCCCAGGCUGAGGAGCUUACGGUUAUCUUCAACAAAUGCAAUGAAGAGAAAGUAGGCGUAAGCGAGGCCUUCCAAGUGGCGGCCAUCAUCCACAAACUUCCCCGGUCAUGGGAAGAUUUCCAAGCCGACCUCAAGCUCAAAAGAACGGAGCUGAAUCUGGAGCAACUGCUCAUGCGGUUGAGGAUCCGAGAGGAAGGGCUUGCUAGAAGAAAUGGAGGGGCUAAGGAGAAUGUUGUAGAACAUCCGUCGGGCUCUUCACAUGGCGGGAAGGACAAGAAGAAAAUGGGUCCUAAGGGUGGUGUUUCUAAAUUUGCAGGAAAAUGCUAUAAUUGUGGCAUUACUGGGCAUCCUUCCUCCGAUUGUAGGAAAAAGAAGCCACAAAAGGGAAAGAAGAAAACCACUGAAGCCAUGUGUGCGGAGCUUGACAACUUAGACCUCUGCGCGGUUGUAACCGAGGUGAAUCUCGUCGGGUCAAACCCGAAGGAAUGGUUUGUGGACACAGGAGCCACACGCCAUAUUUGUUCAAAUCGGAGCAUGUUUCAAGACUUUCAAGAGAGCUCCGGUGACAAGAAGGAUUUCGGGCUGAUCCUGUCUGACACUCUCGCAGAACCAGAUGCGUGUUCCACGACCAUAAUGGGCACACCCAUGAGAACAGAAUGAUGGUUGGUUGAAACUUGUGUAUUGUAUAUCGUCGUUUACAUAAACGGCAGUACAGUUCAAAGACAUCACGUUCUACUGAACAGCUAGUAGAGAAGGUAUACUUUACAAGGAGUAGGUUCAAAGGCAUAAAACCUACCUACUCUUGCAGGUUUCAACUUCAGAGUUAUUGCCAGUUACAUGAAUUAAUUUUCAUUCAUGUGGGGGAUUGUUGGAAAUUUUAAAGUAAAUUGGACAUUUUCGG